GGGGUGCCGCAACUCUCGCGGUACUUGGUCACACGGAGGAAGAUGUCUGAAGGAGAGCUGGGCAGGAAGUGGGACCGCUGCCUCGCGGACAGCGCUGUCAAACUCGGGGCCGGCCUCGGGCUGGGGAUCGUGUUUUCAGUCAUCUUCUUCAAACGGCGGACCUGGCCCGUUGCGUUCGGCGCCGGGGCCGGGCUGGGAAUGGCGUACUCCAACUGCCAGCACGACUUCCAGGCUCCCUACCUGCUGCACGGCCGCUUCGUCAAGGAGCAGUAGCGCAAUGCCGCCGAGGGACUGAAGGAGGCGCUGUUCUUGGUCUCCGCUGGUCCCCCACUCUCCUCGGGGUGUCCUGUCUGCACUGUGUGUCUGAGCAGAGCACCUCUCCUGGAUUAUUUAACAAUAAAGUGUGUGGGUGAACCAUG